GCAAAAGUCAUCGUUUUAGUUGCUGUAUGUGUUUGGUUAAUCAUUGAACAUUUUUUUAAAAAAAAGCAAAACUGAUAUUACCAAAAAUGACUAAUUGCUUAACUUUUUUUCAAACAGUUUUUCUUCGAUUUCACUUGCCGAAAUCUGGAAAGAUUUGGAUAUUCAUUAUUUUACUAACCUGCUUUUUGAGUGUUACCAUCAUAAAAAAGUUUCUCUUCAUUUGUUGUCGAGGUUUGUCACAAAGCGCCGACAUCUCCCCUGCAAAUAUCACCUUAGAGCUUAUUCAUACUAAGGACAAGAAGGUUCUGCUGAUUCCCAAAAAGGACUAUUCGAAUGGAAUGCUGGACAUGUAUUUCAAUGGAAAUGCCCGAUCUACAUGUAAUUUGGACUUCAAUUGUCAAUUCUCCUCCUCGCAACUGUUGAAGAACGCGAAAAAACUGUCUCGGUACGACUUGAUUGUAAUUGGAGAAAAUAGAGGAAUGCGAACAAUGCUUCAGUUUAUUCGAGAAAAAGAUUAUUCAAAAUGGCGAAGCAAAGAUCAACUGUGGGCCUAUUUUGGAGUUGAAUCUUCACAAAGACCGACACCAUACUUGUUAGGGGCUGAAAAAGAAUAUCAGAAUGCAUUCAACUGGACAGUUUUUGCAUCGCCUCGCGCCACAAUUUAUCGGCCUUUUUGGUACAUCCGGGAGUCCACAAAAGAGACAAGAAAACAAUCCAAACAACUCAUUUCAGGACUCAAGUCGAGGAGAAAAGAUGUUUGCUGGAUAUUCAGCAAUUGUUUUACAGAUUUCUCCCGCAGAAUUGAAUAUGCCACCGAAUUUAUUCGACAUUUUGGGGGUUCUUUCCAUAUUUGGGGCGAUGCCAUCGGCGACUGUUUAAGCGGCUCGACUUGGAAGAAAAAGGUUAAAAGUCACGGAACCAUUGAUGAAAGAAAAGAAGAUAUUUAUUCUCCGCAACAAAACAAAAUGAAAGAUUGCAAGUUUUAUUUCGCAUUCGAAAACUCUGUAUGCGAAGAUUACGUAACAGAGAAGUUUGUCAAUGCGCUGAGUGGUGGAGCAAUACCAAUCGUCAACGGUUGGCGCGCAACUUACGAGAAAAACUUACCAGGGUCAUUUAUUCAUGUUUCGGAUUUUAGCUCUCCUGCUAGUUUAGCGAAAUAUAUCGAAGACUUAUCAAAAAACAAAACAGCGAUGCUAUCCUAUCACCAUUGGCGAAACCAAAAGCGUAUCGAUCCUGCAAAAAUUGAAUCUAUCUGCGAAAUGUGCAAUAGAAUGAAAACAAUUGACAAUCAGAAGGCAAUGGGUAUCGAUGUUAAACCUGAAGUAAUAAGUGAUCCAGUGAAAACAAUACAGAGAUUGCAAACUUGUAUGACGCCAAAUCGCAAAGCGUAACUUUUAAAUAGUAAAAUUGAUGAUGAAUGUUAAUGUAAA